AAUAUUUCUGUCCGGAGGAGCUGGAUCAGCUGCUGUGUGGCAGCAAAUCAGAGACGUGGGACGUGAAGACGCUGAUGGAGUGCUGUCGACCGGACCACGGCUACACACACGACAGCCGCGCCGUACGGUUCCUGUUCGAGGUGCUAAGCAGCUUCGACGCCGAGCAGCAGAGACUCUUCCUGCAGUUUGUCACAGGAAGCCCCAGACUGCCCGUCGGUGGUUUCCGGAGCCUGAACCCCCCUCUGACGAUCGUGAGGAAGACGUUCGAGUCGACGGAGAACCCGGACGACUUCCUCCCCUCGGUGAUGACGUGUGUCAACUACCUGAAGCUGCCUGACUACUCCAGCAUUGACAUAAUGCGAGAGAAACUGUUGAUCGCGGCUCGAGAGGGCCAGCAGUCCUUCCACCUCUCCUGAUCUCACCACGUCUCAUUCAAAUGCCUUCUACAGCGACUGAUGAAAUCAUGACUUCCUUCUUAGUUUUUUUGUAACCACAUACAUCAAGGCUACAUGUACAGCCUUCUUGUUAUAGAAAGCAGCUUGCAGAAAAAUUAAGACUUUAAAAAUAUAUAUUUGCUGCCCCGGUCUCUCCAAAAAAAAAAACGGCUCCACAGGACUUAAAAUA